AUGGAUCCGUUUUCCCGCAGCAGCCGCGUGCGCCCGGCGCCGUUGCUUCGCGCGGCGGUGGUGCUGCAGGCGGCAGUGGCGCUCAUCGGCGCGCUUAUGGUCUUCCCCGUGCUCUCCGACGCCGCCUCCGUCGUCGACGUCUACAGAAUGAUCCAGUACGAUCUGGGCGGCGCGCCGUUCGGGUCGCGCAAGGCGUCGUUCAGCCUGUACGCGUCGUCGGGGCUGGCCACGUCAGCAGCAUCGGAGGCGGAUCUGAUGCGCGCCGUGAUCGUGAUGCCGAUCCAACGGAUCAACUUCACUCUCCUCGAUGAGGUGGUGGCGGGAUCCCGCAAAGUGGGAGGGCUGCUCUUCAUCCUGCCACGUCACUUCAGCUCCUCGCUGCCAGAUGGCGGUCAGGGAGAGGACGACGAUGCGGACGAUGACGCCAGCAAGACCGGGGCAGGAGAGGGCGCGGAGGAGGUGAAGGAGCACCUGGAGGUGGUGGCGCGGCUAGAGGAGCGGCUAUUGGAGGCCAACAUACCGAAGAGCAAGGCCAGGGCAGGAGGGGGCGCGGGGGAGGUGAAGGAGCAUGUGGAGGUGGUGGCCAGGCUAGAGGAGCGGCUGCUGGAGGCCAACAUACCGCUAGAGGAGCGGCUGCUGGAGGCCAACAUACCGGUGAGUGAGCAACUGGUCAGUGCUUGUCAUGAAGAAGAGCAAGGCCAGGGCAGGAGAGGGCGCGGGGGAGGUGAAGGAGCAUGUGGAGGUGGUGGCGCAGCGCAGCUAGAGGAGCGGCUUCUGGAGGCCAACAUACCGGUGCCUGUGUAUUUCGCUGUUGACAAUGCUGAGCUGUCAAAGCUGGCGGCUGACGUGGAGAGCAACGACAGGGCGGGCAAGCCAGCAUCGGCCACCAAUGGCGGCUUCAAGCUAGUGGUGACAGCGGGCGAGCCCCGCAAGCUGCCAGCCUCCUCGCCCCUACCGGCCAUGGAGGCAUGGCUGUACGGCGACGCGCAGGCGCAGGGGCAGGGGCAGGCGCAGGGCGGGAGGAGGGAGGCGCUGCCCAUAGUGGCCGUGGUGGCACCACUUGACACCUUCGGCCUCGUGCCUGUGAGCCCCCUGCCUCCUCUCAGCCCCCUGCCUCCUCUCAGCAUUGCACUCCCACGCCUCUCCUCUACCCUCCCGCUUCUCGCUCCUGCUCACGCUCCUCCCUUCCGUCCUACAGAGUCCGCUGCCCCUCGUCGUGCUCUAUCAGCCUUCCAUCCCUUCCAUGCCCUCCGCCACCUCCCCUUCGCUCCCUCACAUCAAUCGCUCGCGUCCGGCCCUGCCAGCAGUGCCAGCGGGGUAGCGGCGGUGCUGCAGCUGCUGCGCCUCUUCUCACGCCUGUUUGCGCUGCUGCCCUCCGCGCGUCCGCCCUUCCACCUGCUCUUCCUGCUCUCCUCCGGGGCACCCUUUAACUUCGACGGCACUCGCCAGGUGGGCGUGGGCGCAGGCAGGCAGGGGGGUUGGCUGGCCUCGCUGGACCAGAGUGUGCAGGACCGCCUCGAGUUUGCCAUCUUGGCUGGCCUCGCUGGACCAGAGUGUGCAGGACCGCCUCGAGUUUGCCAUCUGUCUGCCCUUGGUCCAUCCUACCACUAUGCCCUGCUCAGUUCGUACCCCCCAAUCCCCCCCUCGCUCCCUCCCCCCCAGUGGCUGGCCUCGCUGGACCAGAGUGUGCAGGACCGCCUCGAGUUUGCCAUCUGUCUGCCCUUGUGGCUGGCCUCGCUGGACCAGAGUGUGCAGGACCGCCUCGAGUUUGCCAUCUGUCUGCCCUUGUGGCUGGCCUCGCUGGACCAGAGUGUGCAGGACCGCCUCGAGUUUGCCAUCUGUCUGCCCUUGUGGCUGGCCUCGCUGGACCAGAGUGUGCAGGACCGCCUCGAGUUUGCCAUCUGUCUGCCCUUGUGGCUGGCCUCGCUGGACCAGAGUGUGCAGGACCGCCUCGAGUUUGCCAUCUGUCUGCCCUUGUGGCUGGCCUCGCUGGACCAGAGUGUGCAGGACCGCCUCGAGUUUGCCAUCUGUCUGCCCUUGUGGCUGGCCUCGCUGGACCAGAGUGUGCAGGACCGCCUCGAGUUUGCCAUCUGUCUGCCCUUGUGGCUGGCCUCGCUGGACCAGAGUGUGCAGGACCGCCUCGAGUUUGCCAUCUGUCUGCCCUUGUGGCUGGCCUCGCUGGACCAGAGUGUGCAGGACCGCCUCGAGUUUGCCAUCUGUCUGCCCUUGUGGCUGGCCUCGCUGGACCAGAGUGUGCAGGACCGCCUCGAGUUUGCCAUCUGUCUGCCCUUGUGGCUGGCCUCGUUGGACCAGAGUGUGCAGGACCGCCUCGAGUUCGCCAUCUGUCUGCGCGCCAUUGGUGCAGCGCCAGGGGCCGGGGAGGGGGGCAGUGGGCUGCACCUGCACGCAUCGCGGCCUCUCAAGGACCCCACCAUCCGCGCACUCUUCCACGUGAGUCCCCAUGGUGCACCACCGCUUGCUCCACGUCCCCUAGCAUUGAGGUGUAUUUUGAGGCGCCGCAAAGUGCAUGCGUCGCGGCCUCUCAAGGACCCCACCAUCCGUGCACUCUUCCACGUGAGUCCCCAUCGUGGAGCCCUGCUCGCUCCCCGUCACCUCCCCUCCCACCCACUGCCCUUCCUCCAUGCUUCCCCUGCGCCCCCCCUCCGCCGCUCCUCCUGCCCUCAUUACGUUCUGCCUCUCUUUCCCGUACCAUCCACUCCCCCAUCGCUCCCCUCGCUCCCCUGCCUCCCUCCGCAGGGCCUGACUUCAGCUGGAGCAGCCGCUGACCCCCCAGCGUCCAUCGCCCAGGUGCACAUCUCGGACGCGUCGGAAAGUGAACAUCUCCGAUGCCUGUGUGCCGUGCUGCCUCUCUUUCCAAAUCCCACCCUUCUUUCCUCUGCCGCAGCAGCCGCUGAGCCACGGACCUCAGUCGCACUGGUGCACAAGAAGGGCCUGUCCUCUGCCGCAGCAGCCGCUGACCCACCCACCUCCAUCGCCCUGGUGCACAAGAAGGGCCUGUCUUCUGCCGCAGCAGCCGUGGACCCACCUAUCCCUGUCGCCCUGGUGCACAAGAAGGGCCUGUCCUCCGCUGCAGCAGCCGCGGACCCCCCAACCUCCAUCGCCCUGGUGCACAAGAAGGUGAACAUCUCGGACGCGCGCGUGCCGUGGCAGCACGAGCUCUUCUCGCGCCGCAAGCUCGUGGCCGCCUCGCUCUCCGCCCUGCCCUCUGCUCCGCGCUUCCUGCGCCACUGGGGCGGACUGGCUGACACCAGGUACCAAGGGGUGGGAAGGGGUGAAGGACUAGGCACGGGCAUGCAAGGGCAGGUAACAGCAUGGGAGCAAGCUCGUGGCCGCCUCGCUCUCCGCCCUGCCCUCUGCUCCGCGCUUCCUGCGCCACUGGGGGGACUGGCCGACACCAGGGAAUCAGUGGACGAGCACCAGUUGCUGGCUGCCACGCGCCUCAUUGCUGAAACCAUUGCGAGCCACAUAUUCAACAGCACCAGCACCAGCACCGCCAGUGCCAACCCGUCUGAGGGAGCAGCGGCAGCCGCUUCCCCCAUCGCCUUCUUCCCACCCAACUCCUCACUCGCUCCCAGCCUCCCCUACCUCUCUCACUGGCUCUCCCUCCUCUCCCGCGCGCCACGUGUCGCCCCGCUAUUGGCCAAGGACGACCCAAUAAUUGCCGCCAUCCAAGCGGAGAUGGCAUUGCAUGCGGACAAGGUGGAGGUGAGGAAAGCAGCGUUGGACCCGCACUACACGCUCUACUCCACGCCGCAUGCUCAUAUGCACGUCUACCAGGUGGCCAGCAUCACCUUCGAUUUAGUCACGUUCCUUGCAGUGGCCAUCUACCUCUCCUCCCUCUUCGUCAUCCUCCAUACAGCCACCAAGGGCUUUGAUGACCUGGUGGCGCUCUUUAAGGGCAAGCCCGCCUACCGCAAGGCAAAGCCUUCGUGA